AUGGAUAUCAAUUUUGGUAGAAUCAUAGCUGUAAAACAAAUUGACUUAUGCUUUGUAGACAAUUAAAGUUUGGAGUCAUUUCGUUAACAAAUUUAUGCAUAAGAGCAUAUUUAAAUAAUAUGGUUGUUAAGAAGAUGAUUAGAACUUCGUUCCCUCUUUGAAUUUCCUGGAGGUAAUUAUGUUCUCUAUUCUAUACCAAAGGAUUAUCUAAAUUUGUAGAUUUUUAUUGAAAUAUUAUAGAACAAAGUGCAUAUAAUCUUAAUGGAACUCCUAAUUGGAAGGCUGCUGAGGUAAUUAAUUAAUAAGAGACUGGCAGAUACUGAAAUAUUAGAAAUCUAGGAUGUACUAUUAUUUGUAUUAUUUUAAUUAGAGAUUAUAAAAUUGUAAUCUUAUUUAACUGAACAAUCAUUGA